GCGGACUAGGGAAACUGGAGGCUGCGACCAGGUGCAUGGACCUCUCGGUCCUCGGUCCUCACGGCGCAGUCCCGUCGGUCGGGCUUCCCUUCCAGCCCCAACACACGCCUCCCAGGGUCCCCUCCGCGGAGCUCAGGUGCUAGGGCGAGGUGCUGUACUCCUCCCCGUGGGCCGAGCCCUGAGGAGAAUCACCGCCCCCUGCCCCCGCCUUUUCCUGCCCUGGAUCUCCGCGUCCACCUCGGUCUCGCUGCGCCGGGGCGGGCUGAGCAGCAGGGCGGGCUGAGGAGCAGGCCGGACGGAGUCUGCGGGUGAGGAGGAAGUCUCUCCCUCCGCGGUGACCACGGACUCGGCCCCCGCGCCGGAUCUCCGGCGUGCACCUGUGCCAGCGCGGGGUGGGGGGAGCAAACCUGCCCGCAGGCCUCGGGGACCCGCCUUCGUCGGAACCCGGCGGAGUCCGGUGCCUCGAGCAACUUAGUUGACAGACAGGCAGGUUUGGCGUUGUUGUCAGCCUCGGGGAGAGAGAUUGGACAAACAUUCUCCGAGAGGAGGAGGAGGAGGGCGACCGACGCCAAGGACUUUCCACGGCCACCGCUUUGGGGGUUUGUCCGAGUUGGAACCCAGACCCUGCAUGCUUUUGCGUUGCCUGUGCUGUGCUUCUACGUAGAGCCGCGGCCGCUGGCCCCGGGGGACGCCGACUUGUCCUUUCUCCUGAAGUAGUCAUGGCCAGUGAAGACAAUCGUGUCCUUUCCCCGCCACCAACAGGUGAUGACGGAGGAGGUGGAGGGAAAGAAGAAACCCCUGCGGAAGGGGGUGCAUUGUCUCUGAAGCCGGGGCUCCCCAUCAGGGGCAUCAGGAUGAAAUUCGCCGUGCUGACCGGGUUGGUUGAAGUUGGCGAAGUGUCCGAUAGGGACAUUGUAGAGACUGUCUUUAACCUGCUGGUAGGAGGACAGUUUGAUUUGGAGAUGAACUUCAUUAUCCAAGAAGGCGAGAGCAUCAUCUGCAUGGUGGAGCUGCUGGAGAAGUGUGACAUUACUUGCCAAGCAGAAGUCUGGAGCAUGUUUACGGCCAUUCUGAAGAAGAGCAUACGAAACCUUCAAGUCUCUACCGAAGUGGGCCUUGUGGAAAAAGUACUUGGGAAAAUUGAAAAAGUUGACAGUAUGAUUGCAGAUCUUCUGGUUGAUAUGCUGGGAGUGCUGGCCAGUUAUAAUUUGACAGUUCGGGAACUAAAGCUUUUCUUCAGUAAACUUCAAGGAGAUAAAGGACAAUGGCCUCCACAUGCUGGGAAAUUGCUGUCUGUGUUAAAGCAUAUGCCUCAGAAGUAUGGUCCUGAUGCCUUUUUUAACUUCCCAGGAAAGAGUGCUGCAGCUAUUGCAUUACCUCCUAUAGCCAAAUGGCCAUACCAGAAUGGUUUUACAUUUCAUACCUGGCUUAGAAUGGAUCCUGUAAAUAAUAUUAAUGUAGAUAAGGAUAAACCAUAUUUGUAUUGUUUCAGAACCAGCAAAGGCCUUGGCUAUUCUGCUCAUUUUGUUGGAGGCUGUUUGAUUAUAACAUCAAUAAAGUCAAAAGGAAAAGGCUUUCAGCAUUGUGUGAAAUAUGAUUUCAAGCCACAAAAGUGGUACAUGGUAACUAUAGUGCACAUCUAUAACCGAUGGAAGAAUAGUGAGCUUCGAUGCUACGUGAAUGGUGAGCUUGCUUCCUAUGGAGAGAUAACAUGGUUUGUCAACACCAGUGACACCUUUGACAAAUGUUUCCUGGGCUCAUCAGAAACAGCAGAUGCAAAUAGAGUAUUCUGUGGUCAGAUGACUGCUGUUUACCUUUUUAGUGAUGCUCUUAACGCGGCUCAGAUUUUUGCCAUUUAUCAGCUGGGCCUGGGAUACAAGGGCACAUUUAAAUUCAAAGCAGAAAGCGACCUUUUCCUUGCUGAGCAUCAUAAACUUUUAUUGUAUGAUGGCAAACUCUCUAGUGCCAUUGCAUUCACAUACAACCCACGGGCUACAGAUGCCCAGCUGUGCCUUGAGUCAUCUCCCAAGGACAAUCCUUCAAUUUUUGUUCAUUCACCACAUGCACUCAUGCUCCAGGACGUGAAGGCAGUCUUAACACAUUCCAUUCAAAGUGCUAUGCAUUCAAUUGGAGGAGUACAAGUUUUGUUCCCCCUUUUUGCACAGUUGGAUUAUAAGCAAUAUUUAUCUGACGACGUUGACUUGACUAUCUGUACGACCUUGCUGGCUUUUAUCAUGGAGUUGCUGAAGAACUCAAUUGCUAUGCAGGAGCAGAUGCUUGCCUGUAAGGGCUUCUUGGUAAUAGGAUAUAGCCUUGAAAAGUCUUCCAAAUCCCAUGUCAGCCGAGCAGUACUUGAACUUUGCCUUGCUUUUUCUAAAUAUUUGAGCAAUCUGCAGAAUGGGAUGCCUCUCCUAAAGCAGUUGUGCGAUCACAUUCUUCUGAACCCCGCCAUAUGGAUUCACACUCCAGCCAAGGUUCAGCUGAUGCUGUAUACUUACCUGUCCACUGAAUUCAUUGGUACAGUCAACAUAUAUAACACUAUUCGGAGAGUUGCAACCGUACUUCUCAUCAUGCACACACUGAAGUACUACUACUGGGCAGUGAAUCCUCAGGACCGAAGUGGUAUCACCCCCAAAGGAUUAGAUGGACCACGACCUAAUCAAAAAGAAAUACUUUCUCUACGAGCAUUCUUACUGAUGUUCAUUAAGCAAUUAGUGAUGAAGGAUUCUGGAGUAAAGGAAGAUGAACUACAGGCCAUUCUUAAUUACCUGCUGACUAUGCAUGAGGAUGACAACCUAAUGGAUGUCCUGCAGCUGCUUGUUGCAUUAAUGGCAGAGCACCCUAACUCUAUGACAUCUGCAUUUGACCAGAGGAAUGGGUUACGUGUUAUAUAUAAACUUUUGGCAUCGAAAAGUGAAGGAAUCAGAGUACAGGCGCUCAAAGCACUGGGCUAUUUCUUAAAACAUCUGGCCCCAAAGAGAAAAGCUGAAGUCAUGCUCGGGCAUGGAUUGUUUUCGUUGCUAGCCGAGAGACUUAUGCUUCAGACAAAUCUAAUCACAAUGACCACUUACAAUGUUCUAUUUGAGAUUCUUAUAGAACAGAUUUGUACUCAGGUGAUACAUAAACAGCAUCCAGAUCCUGAUUCUUCAGUAAAAAUACAAAACCCUCAGAUACUAAAAGUAAUCGCAACCCUACUUAGAAAUUCUCCCCAGUGCCCAGAAAGCAUGGAGGUUCGCCGAGCCUUUCUUUCUGACAUGAUUAAACUUUUUAAUAACAGUAGAGAAAAUAGGAGGAGCUUGCUGCAGUGCUCUGUGUGGCAGGAGUGGAUGCUUUCUCUCUGCUAUUUUAACCCUAAGAAUUCAGAUGAACAAAAGAUAACAGAAAUGGUGUAUGCUAUAUUCAGAAUCCUGCUCUACCAUGCAGUCAAAUAUGAAUGGGGUGGCUGGCGAGUGUGGGUAGAUACCUUGUCAAUCACACAUUCCAAGGUUACUUUUGAAAUACACAAAGAAAACCUCGCCAACAUAUUUAGGGAACAGCAGGGCAAAGCUGAUGAAGAAAUGGUGUUGUGCCCUUCCAGUCUGGUUCCAGAAGUCACUGUUUCAGUGGGGUCCCAGCAAUCAGAUACGAAGGAGUCUCCUGUUUCUCCUCAGUUCAUUAGAAAUAGUGAUGAGAACUCAAGUAUUGGGAAGGCAAGUUCAGUAGACUCUUCAUCCAACAUUGAGCUGCAAACAGCUCACAUAUCUAGUGAAGAAAGGAAAAUGGAGCAGGAAAAUCAGAAGUUGCUGGAUGAGGCCACUUUAGAAGAAACAAUGACAAAUGAGACAAAGGAUGCCAGUGAUUUAGAAGCAUCUCCUGAGGCAGUAGAACCUCUGACUGUUUUUUCUAAUUCUUUUGAAAUACCUGGCAAAGAUACAGUGGCUAUCAAUGAAGUAAGUGCUUCCAUGAGUUCUCCCUCAGAGCAAGAUGCUUCAGAGGUGCUAGAAUUAUUGAACAAGUCUGUAGUAGAGGAAGAUGAUGAUUAUGUGGAACUGAAAGUAGAAGGCAGCCCUACUGAGGAAGCCAGUUUGCCCACAGUGCUGGAAGACAGUAGUCUAUCUGCAGCUUCUUCUGAAGCCUUUGAAGGGCCAGACAUGCGAGGUAAUGAUAGCAAAGUAGUAAUUGAAGAGGAAGUAUUUGUUACUGAAAUGCAAAUUGAUUCUGAAACUGGAGACACUAAAGAUUCUGAGUUCCCAGCUCUGAAGGCCACAGGGUCUGUAGCUGCCUCACCAGAAACUACUGUUGCCCAAACAACUGUGCAGUCAGACAUUGAUCAGGUGCUGGAUGAAGGGAAGAAAACAACUAACCUUGAUGGAGAAACUAAAUCACUUAGUGAUUGUGCUGGUGAUGUCUGUGAGAUUCCUGCUACUUCUGAGCAAAAGAUUGCAAAGCUGGAUGUUUCCAGUGUUGCUUUAGAUACUGAGCGAUUGGAAUUAAAGGCCAGUACAAGCAUGGAAGCACCUCAGCCUCAUCGACAUGUGUUCGAGAUGUCAAGGCAACAAGAGCAGCCAGGCCAAGGGACAGCACCAGAUGCUGUUGACCCACAAAGGAGGGAUCCCAGACCUACUAUGUUUCGUAUUCCUGAGUUCAAAUGGUCUCAAAUGCAUCAGCGCUUGCUCACUGAUCUCUUAUUUUCCAUAGAAACAGAUAUACAGAUGUGGAGAAGCCAUUCAACAAAGACAGUAAUGGACUUCGUGAACAGCAGUGAUAAUGUCAUCUUUGUACACAACACAAUUCAUCUCAUCUCUCAAGUGAUGGACAAUAUGGUCAUGGCUUGUGGGGGUAUACUGCCAUUGCUUUCAGCUGCUACAUCGGCUACACAUGAGCUGGAGAAUAUUGAACCUACUCAAGGCCUGUCAAUAGAAGCCUCAGUGACGUUUUUGCAGAGGCUAAUUAGCCUGGUGGAUGUCCUUAUAUUUGCAAGUUCUCUUGGCUUUGCUGAAAUUGAAGGUGAAAAAAAUAUGUCAUCUGGAGGAAUUCUUCGACAGUGUCUCCGACUGGUGUGCGCAGUGGCAGUAAGGAAUUGCUUAGAGUGUCAACAACAUUCACAGUUGAAAGCUAGGGGAGAUAUGACAAAAGCCCUGAAAACAGUACACAGCCUGAUUCCCAUGGGGAAAUCUGCAGCAAAGAGCCCCAUGGACAUUGUGACUGGUGGUAUAUCUCCAGUAAGAGAUCUUGACCGGCUCCUGCAGGACAUGGACAUUAAUCGACUUAGAGCAGUUGUUUUCAGAGACAUAGAGGAUAGCAAGCAAGCUCAAUUCUUAGCUUUGGCUGUUGUGUACUUUAUCUCUGUUCUUAUGGUCUCAAAGUAUAGAGACAUUUUGGAACCCCCAAAUGAAAGGCAUAGUCAGUCACUUAAGGAAACUGGUAGUGAAAAUGGGAAUACAUCACUUCCUGAUGCAGAAAACACACCGGCAGAAUUUAGCUCUUUAACUCUAUCGUCAGCAGAAGAAUCAAUGGAAGGCACCUCAUCUUCUCGAAGGAGGGACUCUGGCCUUGGUGAGGAAGCGGCUUCUGGCUUAGGAAGCAGCGCAUCUGUAGCUUCUCCAGCAGCGCCUCUGGGUGUCAGCGCUGGUCCAGACGCCAUCAGUGAGGUGCUGUGCACUCUUUCUGUAGAAGUCAAUAAAUCUCAGGAAACCAAAAUUGAUGGAGGAAAUGAGUUGGAAAACAAGGUGACACCAUCAGUUCCAGUUUCAAAAAAUGUCAAUGUGAAGGACAUUCUCCGAAGCUUGGUUAACAUACCAGCAGAUGGAGUCACAGUGGAUCCUGCCCUCUUGCCACCAGCCUGCCUUGGUGCCCUGGGAGAUCUGCCUGUUGACCAGUCUGUGCAGUUCAGAUCGUUUGACAGAAGUGUCAUCAUUGCAACCAAAAAGUCAGCAGUCUUACCUUCCACCCUUACUACAAAUGCAGCUACCAAUGCUGUCAGUGUGGUUUCUUCAGUAGAGUCCACUCAAGCCUCAGAUGUGGGAGGAGAGUCACCAGGCAGUAGAUCAUCUAGUGCAAAGCUGCCCUCAGUCCCAACAGUUGGUUCAGUUCCACAAGACCCAGUUUCAAAUAUGAGUAUUACAGAGAGGCUAGAACAUGCGUUGGAAAAAGCAGCUCCCCUGCUGCGAGAGAUUUUUGUGGAUUUUGCUCCUUUCCUUUCUCGGACGCUUUUGGGUAGCCACGGACAAGAGCUGCUUAUAGAGGGAACAAGUCUUGUUUGCAUGAAGUCUAGUAGUUCAGUUGUGGAGUUGGUUAUGCUGCUCUGUUCUCAGGAGUGGCAGAAUUCUAUUCAGAAGAACGCAGGCCUUGCUUUUAUUGAACUUGUCAAUGAAGGAAGAUUGCUUAGCCAAACAAUGAAGGAUCAUUUAGUAAGAGUGGCAAAUGAAGCUGAAUUUAUCUUGAACAGACAGAGAGCAGAGGAUAUUCACAGACAUGCAGAAUUUGAGUCAUUGUGUGCCCAGUAUUCUGCAGACAAACGAGAAGAGGAGAAGAUGUGUGAUCAUUUAAUAAGAGCAGCUAAGUAUCGAGACCAUGUGACAGCAACUCAACUAAUCCAGAAAAUUAUCAACCUUCUCACAGACAAGCAUGGAGCCUGGGGAAAUUCUGCAGUGAGUCGUCCUCAUGAGUUCUGGCGCCUUGACUACUGGGAAGAUGACUUGCGGCGCCGGCGACGAUUUGUGCGUAACCCACUAGGAUCGACACAUCCUGAAGCGACACUAAAAACAGCCGUGGAACAUGCCACAGAUGAAGACAUCCUUGCUAAAGGAAAACAGUCCAUCAAGAGUCAGGCUUUAGGAAAUCAGAACUCAGAAAACGAGGUCCUCCUGGAAGGCGACGACGAUACUCUGUCAUCCGUGGAUGAGAAAGAUUUAGAGAAUCUUGCCGGUCCAGUUAGCCUAAGCACACCAGCUCAGCUUGUGGCCCCCUCUGUUGUAGUAAAAGGCACUCUUUCUAUCACCUCCUCCGAACUCUAUUUUGAGGUGGAUGAAGAGGAUCCUAACUUCAAGAAGAUUGACCCAAAGAUCCUGACAUAUACUGAAGGUCUACAUGGAAAAUGGCUGUUCACAGAGAUACGAUCAAUCUUUUCCCGCCGUUAUCUUUUGCAAAAUACAGCCCUGGAGAUCUUUAUGGCAAACAGAGUUGCUGUAAUGUUCAACUUCCCAGAUACUGCAACAAUGAAGAAGGUGGUUAACUAUCUACCUCGUGUUGGUGUUGGAACCAGUUUUGGCUUACCUCAAACCAGGCGUAUUUCCUUAGCUACCCCACGUCAACUUUUUAAAGCUUCAAAUAUGACUCAGAGGUGGCAACACAGAGAGAUCUCAAACUUUGAAUACUUGAUGUUUCUCAACACAAUAGCAGGACGGGGUUAUAACGACUUAAAUCAGUAUCCUGUGUUUCCCUGGGUCAUCACUAAUUACGAAUCAGAAGACUUAGAUCUUACCUUACCAAGCAACUUCAGAGAUUUGUCCAAGCCAAUAGGAGCUUUGAAUCCAAAACGGGCAGCAUUCUUUGCAGAACGUUUUGAAUCAUGGGAAGAUGAUCAAGUUCCAAAGUUCCACUACGGUACUCAUUACUCAACUGCAAGUUUUGUUCUUGCAUGGCUUCUAAGAAUAGAGCCCUUUACAACUUAUUUCCUAAAUUUGCAAGGAGGGAAAUUUGAUCAUGCAGAUAGGACUUUUUCAUCAGUUUCCAGAGCUUGGCGAAACAGUCAGCGUGAUACAUCUGAUAUUAAGGAACUGAUUCCUGAAUUUUAUUAUCUCCCGGAGAUGUUUGUCAACUUCAAUAAUUAUAACCUUGGAGUGAUGGAUGAUGGGACAGUGGUGUCUGAUGUUGAACUUCCUCCUUGGGCCAAAACCUCAGAAGAAUUUGUUCGCAUAAACAGAUUGGCCCUGGAGAGUGAAUUCGUUUCCUGCCAGCUUCACCAAUGGAUUGAUCUCAUUUUUGGCUAUAAACAGCAAGGACCAGAGGCUGUGCGUGCCCUCAAUGUGUUCUAUUACCUGACCUAUGAAGGAGCAGUUAACCUGAACUCAAUAACUGACCCGGUGUUGAGAGAGGCUGUCGAAGCUCAAAUCCGGAGUUUUGGACAGACGCCUUCCCAGCUACUCAUAGAGCCCCAUCCUCCCAGAGGUUCUGCCAUGCAAGCGUAUCUCCUCCUGCAGAGUCCAUUGAUGUUCACAGACCAAGCCCAGCAAGAUGUCAUCAUGGUCCUAAAGUUCCCUUCCAAUUCUCCUGUCACCCACGUGGCAGCCAACACCCAGCCAGGUUUGGCAACUCCUGCAGUGAUCACUGUCACUGCUAACAGACUCUUUGCUGUGAACAAGUGGCAUAACCUUCCUGCUCAUCAAGGUGCUGUACAAGACCAGCCAUACCAGCUGCCAGUGGAAAUCGAUCCUCUCAUAGCCAGCAGCACGGGGAUGCACAGGAGGCAGAUAACUGACCUUCUGGACCAGAGCAUCCAAGUUCAUUCUCAAUGCUUUGUCAUCACCUCUGACAACCGCUAUAUUCUCGUCUGUGGCUUCUGGGAUAAGAGUUUCCGAGUCUACUCCACAGACACAGGAAAAUUGAUCCAAGUGGUGUUUGGCCAUUGGGAUGUUGUCACUUGCCUCACUCGCUCCGAGUCAUAUAUUGGGGGAAAUUGCUAUGUUCUCUCUGGGUCACGUGAUGCCACCCUUCUACUGUGGUACUGGAAUGGAAAAAGCAGUGGGAUUGGAGAUAACCCAGGCAGUGAGACCAGCACUCCUCGGGCCAUCCUCACAGGCCAUGACUAUGAGAUUACCUGUGCUGCCAUCUGCGCUGAGCUGGGCCUGGUACUGAGUGGUUCUCAAGAAGGACCAUGUCUCAUACAUUCCAUGAAUGGAGACUUGUUAAGGACCUUGGAGGGUCCUGAAAACUGCCUGAAACCAAAACUCAUCCAGGCUUCAAGAGAGGGCCAUUGUGUCAUCUUCUAUGAAAAUGGCUGCUUCUGCACCUUCAGUGUGAAUGGAAAACUGCAGGCCACUGUGGAAACGGAUGAUCACAUUAGGGCCAUGCAGCUGAGCCGAGAUGGACAGUACCUGCUCACAGGAGGGGACAACGGUGUGGUGAUGGUGUGGCAGGUGUCUGACCUCAAGCAGCUCUUUGCCUAUCCAGGCUGUGAUGCUGGGAUCCGGGCCAUGGCCCUGUCUUUUGACCAGAGGUGCGUCAUUUCUGGCAUGGCUUCGGGAAGCAUUGUUCUGUUUUACAAUGACUUUAACCGCUGGCAUCAUGAGUACCAAACCCGCUACUGAUGGAGACGACUGCACCCUGGUCUGCCCCAGGCUGGGCACAGAAGGACCCUGAACAUCAUUCUAUAGAAACAGCUAUCACAUCUGAAUGUAACUUAAAUUUGCUUGAAGAAGCAAAAUAUUUUUUAAAGUUAAUUGCUAUUUUUGUAGACUUUGCUUGACAUUUGGGGGUUGGGGAACAGCAAAGCUGGAAACUGAUUGCUGGUUUCUCUAGUUUGAAAAAAAAUCUAUAUUUUUAGUCAUAAUGAGAAGUCUAUUUUCACCAAUUAUGGAUACACACAGUGGAGCAAAUAAGCCCACUAAUUCUAGCUAUAUUGUGAAAAACCAUUUCCCAUUUACCUGUAAUCUUGAGAAAUAUGAUUUUAGCAAUAGGGAAAUGGGCUAUAAUACUGGGACGGGGGAACUUUGUGCUAUACUGGGUCCUGUAUUUUUCCAGACAAUUGUGCUUCUUCAGUGCUGAAAUUUCUAGGAUUUUAAUAGUAAUGUUUAAAUUAUGACAAAUGUGCUUUAAAACAUCUCAGCGAAUUAUUUCUAUAUUAUUAUUGUUUGGGCAUGUGUUAGACCUAGAAAAUUAUGGUUUGGGGAAGGUUAUUUUAUUUUAUUGUGUGGUAAACAACAAAGAUCUAAGUUAUAGCAAGUGUGAAAUAGUUACUGUCUUUCCUGCUCUGUAACCCUCAUAGCACAACAAAGUGAAAUGAUGGAAAUGCUCUUGGCUUCACAAACUUUGCUUUUCUUUAAAAGUAAACAUUAAGUACCAAAGCCUGCCCAGGGUCGCCUGUGAGGCACAGUGGAGAUUGGGGCACCUCCCCCCCUUUCUACUCCAUCCUGGGUUUCAGAUCAGAGGCCAUCAGGUGCUGUGUUCAGCAACACCCGUCUUACCUUCUACUUGUUAUUAAACUCUCUCUACCUUCCUUUUGAUUAGCAGUUUGUACUACAAAACAAUGUUAUUUUGGUGUUGUAUAAUUCUACUUUUUCUAGUAGAUUGCUGUUUGGAAUUCUGUGAAAUAUAUUUCAGAAAAGGUCUGUAUUACAUAAAUAAAUUCUUUGUACGUUGUGAACUUUGAGUUGGAA